CAUGUUGCGAGUGUUAUCAUUGCAGCUGCCCAUUGAGACAAGAGAUAGUGGUUACUGGUUAGCUUGAGUAUCAUGAAUGUGUGUGCAACGGAAGGGCUGCUCUUUAUUUCGGCAUAACCAAUCAAAUUAUAGAAACGAAAGCAAUAAAAUAUAUUUCAAGACAUUGUCCGAGCAGCAGCCAAUGAGAAUACACGGCACUUGACCACCGACUGUAAAGGAAGACGCGUUUGGCCACCAUUUCUCCAUCUCCACCAUUUUGGCUGUCAGUGAUGGAGCACAUCCGGACGCCAAAGGUGGAAAAUGUGCAUCUCCUGGACCGGUCGAUGGGCCAGAGGAAAGCCAGCGUCGGGACUCUCUACCUUUCUGCUACACAUACAAUGUUUAUGGAGAAGCACCCUGAGACAUGCAAGGAGAUCUGGGUAUUGCACAGCAUGGUGAGUAGUGUGGAGAGGUUGCCCACCACCCCUGCAGGUAGCCACCUUAUCCUGCACUGCAAAGACUUCAGGAUCUUCCAGCUUCUCAUCCCGCAGGAGAAAGACUGCUUCGAUGUUCAUACCUCGUUGUUGAGGUUGUCACGACCAGAAAAGUACAGUGAGCUAUACUGUCUGUCCUUCAAUCCCAAUGUGAACAAGGAAGAGAGAGAAGAGUCAUGGAACUUCAUAGACCUCAUGGCUGACUACAAAAGAAUGGGUGUUCCAAAUAACCUCUGGGUUGCUACCGCAGCCAAUAAAGAAUACAGGAUAUGUGAAACAUACCCGUCUGAGCUGUUUGUUCCAAAGUCUGCCACACCUGCAGUCAUUGUGGGCAGCUCAAGGUUCAGGAGCCGAGGACGAUUUCCUGCUCUGACAUACUUUCACCAGGACACACUGGCGGCGGUGUGCAGGUGUAGUCAGCCAUUGUCAGGCUUCAGUGGACGCUGUCAGGAGGAUGAGAUGAUGCUGCAAGCUGUGAUGAAAUCCAAUCCUGGAUGUGACUACAUUUAUGUGGUGGAUACAAGGCCCAAAAUAAAUGCGAUGGCCAACAGAGCUGCUGGUAAAGGAUAUGAGAACGAGGACCACUACACCAACAUCAAGCUGCACUUCAUUGGCAUAGAAAACAUUCAUGUGAUGAGGAACAGCCAGCAGAAAAUUAUUGAUGUGACCGAAAAGCGAUCUCUAUCAAUGACUGACUUCCUUUGGGGUCUGGAAAACUCUGGUUGGCUGAAACACAUUAAAGCUGUUCUAGAUGCUGGAGUCUUCAUUGCCAGGGCAAUUGCUGAUGAAGGGGUCAGUGUGUUGGUGCACUGUUCAGAUGGCUGGGACCGCACAGCUCAGGCCUGCUCUGUAGCCAGUCUACUGCUGGACCCGUUCUACCGUACCAUCAAAGGACUGAUGGUACUAAUAGAAAGAGACUGGAUUUCCUUUGGUCACAAGUUCUCCCACAGGUAUGCCCACCUGGACGGUGAUCCGAAAGAGGUGUCCCCAGUCAUUGAUCAGUUCUUGGAGUGUGUGUGGCAGCUGUCUGAGCAGUUUCCAUGUGCCUUUGAGUUUAACGAGUGCUUCCUUAUUGCUAUACACACACACGUCUACUCCUGCCAAUUCGGGACCUUCCUCGGCAACUGUCAGAAGGAACGUAAGGAUAUGAGGCUUGUUGAACGGAGUCAUUGUGUGUGGCCUCAGCUGUGGAAGGACAGAGCAGACUUCAUGAAUCCUUUGUACAAGGCUGACCUCAGUCAAUGUCACGGCGUCUUGAGACCCAACACCACCCCCUACUGUUUCAAAAUGUGGAAGGGACUCUACAACCACGUGGAGCGGUCCACGUCUCCACACCAGUCACCUGCUGACUUCCUGACUGCUGUGAGGGCGGAGUCCCAGCAGCUGGAGGAGGAACUGACCAAUCACCAGGAGAGGAUAGCUGCGCUGACAGGGAAGCCAAUCACAUGGGUGAAAGUCGAGGUUAAAAGGAGGAUCCUCCCCAUGCAGCAGAGACACUGUGGGCCGGACCCCCCCACAACGUACAAAGUCCCAGUCUCCAGCCCGGCACAGGACCACAGCACCCUUGAAGCCGUCAGUGGGAAAGCUAAGAUGAAGUACCCCGCUCUGCCUCUAGGCCAGCCCCUCAGCGGAGAUGACCUCUCCAACUGGAAUGACCCGGAAUCGGGCGUGGCUGACCUCAGCAGCCGCUCAUCCAGUGCUGAGGAUGAGGGCCAGGAGAUGCAGAUGAGCAAAGGUGCCAUUAUGGGCUUCGAUGGACGCUGUUGUCUCUAACACUACUAAAAUACUACUACUACAAAUACUAUAGUGACUGGGUACAAGGCUGGGCUCGCCAUGCUAAUGCUGACGCCAUGUCUCUGCACCCUUGUGCUCUCGCCGCCAGCUGUUACUGUGAAAACAGAAAAAGCCCGGGAGAAAGAACUGUGAGGGGACGAGAAGGCCCCAUAUGUAGGGAGGUGCAAACUAAGGGCGCACCUGAAUGGAGAAUGCAGGAAGAACAGGAUGCUCAUCUACAACCAGUAAUGCAGUGGGUGGAGUCAGGACAUGACGUGUCAAAAACGCUUCGUCGACUCCGGCAAAGUUUUUAUUGGGGUCGACUCAGGAGAGACAUUGAGGACUUCGUUAUCAGUGAGACCUCUGUACCACACACAAGGGUCCUCCAGAUCAGUCUCGCGCCCAGCUUUGGCUGCUGGCAGUGGAGGCUCUGAUGGAAAGGUUGGUAGUGGACGUAAUGGGCUCAUUCCCACGCACACACGAGCAACCGAUACAUCCUGGCCGACAUGGAUUACGUAUACCAUCCCAGACCAGGAGGGGGGGAACUGUUGCAGAUGCUCUGGUAGAGGGCAUGUUUACAAGGUUUGGGGCAGCUGAAGUCAUUCACAGCGACCAAGAGAGGAACUGUGUUGUCUGCGAUUUACGAGCGAAUGGGAACGGAGAAGACGCAGACAAUAUUGCUUAUAUCACCAGAGUUAUGGGCUCGUCAAGCGAUUCAACAAAAUCCUCGUAAAGCACCUUGCCAUCCUCAUGGCAUAAGAUCAACUGGAUUGGGACGUGUAGCUCCCAUUCGUCUUGUGGGCCUACAUGUCAGCCAUGCAGAAUUCCACAUCAUGCACGUCUGUCCUACUCAUGCUGGGAUGAGAGCUGCGGAAGACAGCAGAAGUGGUCUUUGGUAGACCCCCAGAUACCCCAGCAAAAAGUGGACUCAAGACAGAAAAGGAAUGAUGAUGUGAGAGCCAGGGGCUGGGCAAGGACUUUACAGCCAGGCACUUGGUCUGGGUGUACAGUCCAAAAAAGAAGGGCAGAUGCCCCAAGUUGGACAGCCACUGGGUGGGGCCUUGUGAUGUGUUGGAGAGGUAGUGUAUAGGGUCCAGCUGCCACCUAGGGAGCCCUCCACAGGGACAGGAUGCACUGGGUCAUGGGGGUCAUGCACUCCCAGUUCUGUCUUGAUGGACAGGGACCAACUUACCAUUGAUUCCAGAAGACGGGAGCGCAACAAUCUUGUUGGUGCGGAGUUACGCAAGUGGAGCGGAGAAGAGAAGGCCAGUGGAAAACAGUUUAUCAAAACUACCGAAGGUGUCAAUUAUAGACACGACAUAGACACAACGACAGCAGGGCCGCUGCUGUCAGUGUCAGCUGAGGAGAAUGCAGUAGAUGAAGCUGAGAGUAACACAUUUCAUCACAAAAAUGUGAGUAUUAAAGCAGUGAACUAUGUAAAUGUCGCUAAAUGUUCUUAUCAAUUACACUGUUGAUAAGAAAAACCGUUGACAUGAUUCACUUGUUAGGUAAUAAUCCUCCAGGAGGACUUUAAGGACUUCAUUUAGUUCAGGA